CCGGGCCGCCGGCCUGCGGCCGAGCGAGCGCAGGGAAGGCGCUGGCUCCGGGCAUUUCAGUGACUCCCUUUACCUCCCGGGCAAGGAAGGAAGGAAGGAGCGAAGGAAGGAAGCGAGGAAGGAGGGGACUGUCUCGAUGGAAGGUUCAGGCGGAGGCGCCCUCGCCUUGCGGGUGCACCGGUCGCAGAGCGGCUCUGGCCGCUGCCGGCUGGUCCCGGGCGCGUGGAGACCGGUUCCCAGAAGUUGUGCAUGAGUUCCUGUGCGGAGAGUUGGCAUCUUGGAAAUCAAAGACCGUUGUGAUGCAGCCUUUUGAUAUGAGGAUAACAGAAACUCCAAGAAGAGAUGCAAUUUUGUGGAUAGCAGUUAGUCAAAGGCUUCCCAAGGAAGCGUCGGGACAAUCAUGCCCAUGAGAACUCUAAACUGUUCAGGUCAUUUUAUGAAACUGGCAAUUGAACUUUGCUCCAGUUGAUAGGCAGAAUUUCUCCUAGACUAUUCAUCAUCCCAAUUUCAUCCUGGUUGAAAAUUUUCAAAUGCCAUAAGAAAUCUCUCUGGAUUUGCACUUAGCUUUUGGAUGGACAUUUCUACAAUGGAGAGAACUGCGUUAUAGCCCUGGUCCAAGGGACAUUACUGUCUAAUGCCCAUCGAUUGUGGUGUGCGUGUGGAAGGUUCCAAAGAGAAGGAGCAAUCAGCAAGUUUGCAGACACCCUGGAACAUGGAAGCAACCAAACUCUAAGAAGCACAGCUUUGGAGAGACACUCCAUGAGUCUGCACCGCUUUCGGGGGAACUAGCACUUAAGACCUUGUGUAACAAAAUGGACACUGGGGACACAGCUCUAGGACAAAAAGCUACCUCAAGGUCUGGAGAAACUGAUAAAGCAUCAGGUAGAUGGAGACAGGAGCAAUCAGCUGUUAUUAAGAUGAGCACUUUUGGCAGUCAAGAAGGACAGCGGCAACCACAAAUAGAGCCCGAGCAAAUAGGAAACACAGCAUCAGCACAACUGUUUGGUUCUGGGAAACUGGCCUCCCCUAGCGAAGUGGUGCAGCAAGUCGCAGAGAAGCAAUAUCCACCGCAUCGUCCGAGUCCUUACUCAUGCCAACACUCACUCUCUUUCCCUCAACACUCAUUGCCACAGGGGGUCAUGCACAGCACCAAGCCACAUCAGAGCCUCGAAGGUCCUCCGUGGCUUUUCCCUGGCCCUUUGCCAUCUGUCGCCUCCGAGGACUUAUUUCCUUUUCCUAUACAUGGCCACAGUGGUGGUUAUCCUAGAAAAAAGAUUUCAAGUCUGAACCCUGCUUAUAGCCAAUACUCCCAGAAAAGUAUCGAACAGGCAGAAGAGGCUCAUAAGAAAGAGCACAAACCCAAAAAGCCUGGCAAGUACAUUUGCCCUUACUGCAGCAGAGCGUGUGCCAAACCUAGCGUACUGAAAAAACACAUCAGGUCCCAUACUGGGGAGCGGCCAUAUCCAUGUAUACCUUGUGGUUUCUCUUUCAAGACAAAGAGCAAUUUGUACAAGCACAGGAAGUCACAUGCCCAUGCAAUUAAGGCAGGAUUAGUACCUUUCACAGAGUCAGCUGUAUCUAAAUUGGACCUAGAGGCUGGUUUUAUUGAUGUAGAAGCAGAAAUACAUUCAGAUGGUGAACAGAGUACAGACACAGAUGAGGAGAGUUCUUUAUUUGCUGAGGCCUCUGACAAAAUGAGUCCUGGUCCACCCAUCCCAUUGGAUAUUGCCAGUAGAGGUGGUUAUCAUGGGUCAUUGGAGGAAUCAUUGGGAGGUCCAAUGAAGGUGCCGAUUUUGAUUAUCCCCAAAAGUGGGAUUCCUCUUCCUAACGAAAGCUCUCCGUAUAUUGGCCCUGAUAUGCUACCAAAUCCAUCUUUAAAUACUAAGGCUGAUGAUUCGCACACAGUCAAACAGAAACUUGCACUAAGACUGUCGGAGAAAAAAGGACAAGAUUCUGAGCCAUCGCUCAACCUUCUGAGCCCGCACAGUAAAGGAAGCACUGAUUCUGGUUACUUUUCUCGCUCAGAAAGUGCUGAGCAGCAAAUAAGCCCUCCCAACACAAAUGCAAAGUCUUAUGAAGAAAUCAUCUUUGGAAAAUACUGUCGGCUCAGUCCGAGAAAUGCCCUCAGUGUUACAACCACAAGUCAGGAGCGUGCCGCAAUGGGUAGGAAGGGCAUAAUGGAACCAUUACCUCACGUAAACACCAGGUUGGAUGUCAAGAUGUUUGAAGAUCCUGUUUCACAGCUGAUCCCAAGCAAGGGAGAUGUCGACCCCAGUCAAACGAGCAUGCUGAAAUCCACUAAAUUCAACAGUGAGUCCAGACAGCCCCAGAUUAUUCCACCCAUCAGGAAUGAAGGAAAACUUUAUCCAGCAAACUUUCAAGGCAGCAGCCCAGUUCUCUUAGAAGCUCCUGUAGACUCUUCACCCCUUAUUAGAAGCAACUCAAUGCCAACUUCUUCAGCAACUAAUUUAACUCUUCCUCCUUCUUUGAGAGGAAGUCACUCAUUUGAUGAAAGGAUGACUGGUUCAGACGAUGUCUUCUAUCCAGGGACUGUGGGCAUACCCCCGCAGCGCAUGCUAAGAAGACAAGCGGCGUUUGAGCUGCCUUCAGUACAGGAGGGUCACGGGGAGGUGGAGCACCACGGCAGGAUGUUGAAAGGUAUCAGCACUUCAUCCCUGAAGGAAAAGAAAUUGUCUUCUGGGGACAGGGUUGGGUAUGACUAUGACAUCUGUCGGAAACCCUAUAAGAAGUGGGACGACUCUGAAACACCAAAGCAAAGCUACAGGGACAUUUCCUGCUUGAGUUCUUUAAAACAUGGUGGAGAAUAUUUUAUGGAUCCUGCGGUGCCAUUGCAGGGAGUACCAAGCAUGUUUGGAACUACCUGUGAAAACAGGAAACGCCGGAAAGAGAAGAGCGUAGGGGACGAAGAGGACACCCCCAUGAUCUGCAGCAGCAUCGUAAGCACUCCUGUGGGCAUCAUGGCUUCUGAUUAUGACCCCAAACUGCAGAUGCAGGAAGGAGUCAGGAGUGGAUUUGCCAUGGCUGGACACGAAAACCCUUCUCAUGGUCACACUGAACGCUUUGACCCGUGUCGACCCCAACUGCAGUCUGGAAGUCCAUCUUUUGGGUCAGAGGAGUCAUCAUCAGCCAUUGAUUCAGACAAGAUGUCAGACGUAGGGGGCAGGAAACCUCCUGGAAAUGUGAUUUCUGUGAUUCAGCACACCAACUCGCUGAGCCGACCCAAUUCAUUCGAAAGAUCUGAGUCAGCUGAACUUGUGGCUUGCACGCAGGAUAAAGCCCCUUCCCCUUCGGAGACGUGCGACAGUGAGAUUUCAGAAGCCCCAGUGAGUCCUGAGUGGGCUCCACCUGGGGAUGGUGCAGAAAGUGGGGGGAAACCCUCUCCGUCUCAGCAGGUGCAGCAGCAGUCCUAUCACACACAGCCCAGGCUAGUUCGGCAACACAACAUUCAGGUUCCUGAGAUUCGAGUGACCGAGGAGCCUGAUAAACCCGAGAAGGAGAAAGAAGCCCAGAGUAAAGAGCCAGAGAAACCUGUGGAAGAAUUUCAGUGGCCCCAAAGAAGCGAGACCCUUUCCCAACUCCCCGCGGAGAAGUUGCCACCCAAAAAGAAGCGUCUUCGACUUGCAGAUAUGGAGCACUCCUCAGGGGAGUCCAGCUUUGAAUCCACAGGCACAGGCCUUUCCCGCAGCCCCAGCCAAGAAAGCAACUUGUCCCACAGCUCCAGUUUCUCCAUGUCUUUUGAAAGAGAAGAAACCAGUAAGCUUUCUGCACUUCCUAAGCAGGAUGAGUUUGGGAAGCAUUCCGAGUUUCUGACCGUCCCUGCUGGUUCAUACUCAUUGUCUGUCCCGGGCCAUCACCACCAGAAAGAGAUGAGACGCUGCUCAUCAGAGCAGAUGUCUUGUCCUCACCCAGCGGAAGUCCCAGAAGUUCGGAGCAAAUCAUUUGAUUAUGGGAAUCUGUCCCAUGCUCCUGUGUCGGGAGCAGCAGCCUCCACGGUAUCACCGUCCAGGGAGAGGAAGAAAUGCUUUCUGGUGCGGCAAGCUUCCUUCAGCGGCUCCCCAGAAAUCACCCAGGGUGAGGCUGGCAUGGAUCAGAGCGUGAAGCAGGAGCAGCUAGAGCAUCUGCAUGCUGGCCUCCGGUCCGGGUGGCACCAUGGCCCACCCACUGUGCUGCCUCCUCUUCAGCAAGAGGACCCAGGGAAGCAGGUGAUAAGUCCUUGUGCCCCGCUGAGCUCGGGGCCACUGCACCUGGCCCAGCCACAGAUCAUGCACAUGGACAGUCAGGAAUCUUUGAGAAAUCCCUUGAUCCAACCAACAUCCUAUAUGGCAAGCAAGCACUUACCUGAACAGCCACACUUAUUUCCACAUCAAGAGACAAUUCCAUUUUCUCCAAUCCAGAAUGCCUUGUUUCAGUUUCAAUAUCCUACAGUCUGUAUGGUUCAUUUACCAGCUCAGCAGCCUCCCUGGUGGCAGGCACAUUUUCCACAUCCCUUUGCUCAGCAGCCUCAGAAGAGCUAUGGCAAGCCCUCUUUUCAGACAGAAAUCCAUUCGAACUAUCCUUUAGAACAUGUGGCAGAGCACACUGGAAAGAAACCUGCUGACUAUGGACACACGAAAGAGCAGACCUACCCCUGUUAUUCAGGAGCAUCAGGGCUACACCCAAAGAACCUUCUUCCAAAGUUUCCAUCAGACCAGAGCAGCAAGUCCACUGAAACGCCCUCUGAGCAGGUUCUUCAAGAAGAUUUUGCCUCAGCAAAUGCUGGGCCUCUGCAGUCCCUCCCGGGAACAGUGGUUCCUGUUCGGAUCCAGACGCACGUACCAUCCUAUGGAAGUGUCAUGUACACAAGCAUUUCUCAGAUACUUGGGCAGAAUAGCCCUGCCAUUGUCAUAUGCAAAGUCGAUGAGAAUAUGACCCAAAGGACACUGGUCACCAACGCAGCUAUGCAAGGGAUAGGAUUCAACAUUGCCCAGGUGCUGGGGCAGCAUGCGGGCUUGGAAAAGUACCCCAUUUGGAAAGCACCUCAGACUCUACCCCUUGGCUUAGAAUCCACAAUCCCUUUGUGUUUGCCUUCCACCUCCGACAGCGUGGCCAGCCUGGGAGGUAGCAAGCGAAUGCUUUCUCCAGCCAGUAGCUUGGAGCUCUUCAUGGAAACCAAGCAGCAGAAAAGGGUCAAAGAAGAAAAGAUGUACGGACAGAUUGUGGAGGAGCUUAGUGCUGUGGAGCUGACCAACUCAGACAUCAAAAAGGACCUCUCCCGCCCCCAGAAACCCCAACUGGUUCGACAAGGAUGUGCUUCUGAGCCAAAAGAUGGCUUGCAGUCAGGGUCAUCUUCCUUCUCCUCUCUGUCACCCUCCUCAUCUCAAGACUAUCCUUCUGCUAGCCCAUCCUCCAGGGAGCCAUUCCCGCCCAGCAAGGAGAUGCUUUCCGGUUCCCGGGCAUCACUUCCAGGGCAGAAGUCCAGUGGGCCUUCUGAAAGCAAAGAGUCUUCCGAUGAAUUAGAUAUUGAUGAGACUGCAUCGGACAUGAGUAUGAGCCCGCAGAGUUCCUCGUUACCGGCAGGAGAUGGUCAGCCAGACGAGGAAGGGAGGGGCCACAAGCGACCUGUUGGCAUGCUGGUACGCAUGGCCUCUGCCCCCAGCGGGAAUGUGGCAGACUCGACUCUUCUUCUCACGGACAUGGCAGAUUUCCAGCAGAUUCUUCAGUUCCCCAGUCUGCGGACAACAACUACAGUGAGUUGGUGCUUCUUGAAUUAUACAAAACCCAAUUAUGUGCAACAGACCACCUUCAAAUCCUCCGUUUAUGCUUCAUGGUGCAUUAGUUCCUGUAACCCAAACCCAUCAGGAUUGAACACCAAGACCACUCUGGCUCUUCUGAGGUCCAAGCAAAAAAUCACUGCAGAAAUUUAUACUCUGGCUGCUAUGCAUAGGCCUGGAACUGGCAAGCUUACGUCGUCAAGUGCUUGGAAGCAGUUUACUCAGAUGAAACCUGAUGCAUCCUUUUUAUUUGGCAGCAAACUAGAAAGGAAGUUAGUGGGAAAUAUCUUAAAGGAAAGAGGAAAAGGAGAUAUUCAUGGAGAUAAAGAUAUUGGAUCCAAACAAACUGAGCCAAUCCGAAUUAAAAUAUUUGAAGGAGGGUACAAAUCGAAUGAAGAUUAUGUAUAUGUCAGAGGACGUGGCCGUGGAAAGUACAUUUGUGAAGAAUGUGGGAUUCGCUGUAAGAAGCCCAGCAUGCUCAAAAAACACAUCCGUACCCAUACUGAUGUUCGGCCCUAUGUAUGCAAGUUAUGUAACUUUGCCUUCAAAACGAAAGGCAACUUAACGAAGCAUAUGAAAUCUAAAGCACAUAUGAAAAAAUGCCUGGAAUUGGGAGUCUCAAUGACAUCGGUGGAUGAUACAGAAACUGAGGAAGCAGAAAAUAUGGAAGAUUUGCACAAAGCAGUAGAGAAGCAUAGCAUGUCCAGCAUUUCAACUGAUCAUCAGUUCUCAGAUGCUGAGGAAUCAGAUGGUGAGGAUGGAGAUGAUAAUGAUGAUGAUGAUGAAGAUGAGGAUGACUUUGAUGACCAGGGAGAUUUAACACCAAAAACGAGAUCAAGAAGCACCAGUCCUCAGCCUCCUAGAUUCUCCUCCUUGCCUGUGAAUGUUGGCGCUGUACCCCAUGGGGUUCCUUCAGAUAGUUCCCUGGGACAUUCUUCACUGAUCAGCUAUUUGGUUACUUUGCCAAGUAUUCGAGUUACUCAACUUAUGACACCCAGUGACUCAUGUGAAGAUACUCAGAUGACAGAAUACCAGAGGCUGUUCCAGAGCAAAAGUACAGACUCGGAACCAGACAAAGACAGAUUGGACAUACCUAGUUGUAUGGAUGAGGAGUGCAUGCUACCUUCAGAGCCUAGCUCCUCUCCCAGGGACUUCUCACCCUCAAGCCACCAUUCCUCACCAGGUUAUGAUUCUUCACCCUGUCGAGAUAAUUCACCAAAGAGGUAUCUGAUACCCAAAGGAGAUUUAUCUCCCAGAAGACACUUAUCACCUAGGAGAGAUCUGUCACCCAUGAGGCAUCUUUCACCAAGAAAGGAAGCUGCAUUGAGGAGAGAGAUGUCCCAAAGAGAUGUUUCACCAAGAAGGCAUUUGUCUCCAAGGAGGCCAGUGUCUCCUGGGAAAGAUAUCACAGCAAGAAGAGACCUCUCUCCUAGAAGAGAGAGAAGAUACAUGACCACCAUAAGAGCGCCGUCUCCCAGAAGGGCUUUAUACCAUAACCCGCCAUUGUCCAUGGGGCAGUAUUUGCAAGCAGAGCCAAUUGUAUUGGGGCCUCCUAAUUUAAGAAGAGGAUUACCUCAGGUUCCUUACUUCAGUCUCUAUGGAGACCAAGAAGGUGCUUAUGAACAUCCAGGCUCCAGCCUUUUCCCUGAGGGUCCUAAUGACUAUGUCUUCAGUCAUCUUCCACUCCACUCUCAGCAACAAGUGCGAGCUCCUAUCCCCAUGGUGCCCGUUGGUGGGAUCCAGAUGGUUCACUCCAUGCCGCCAGCCCUUUCCAGUUUACAUCCUCCACCCACAUUGCCCCUGCCAAUGGAGGGCUUUGAGGAGAAGAAAGGUGCGUCAGGGGAGUCCUUCUCCAAGGACCCCUAUGUGCUUUCUAAGCAUCAUGAGAAGCGAGGUCCUCACGCUUUGCAGUCCUCUGGUCCACCUAGCACUCCCUCUUCUCCUCGGCUAUUGAUGAAACAGAGCACUUCGGAAGACAGCCUAAACGCAACAGAGAGGGAACAGGAGGAAAAUAUACAGACUUGUACAAAAGCCAUUGCCUCUCUCCGGAUUGCCACAGAAGAGGCAGCUCUGCUUGGGGCAGAUCAGCCAGCACGGGUGCAGGAGCCCCACCAGAACCCCGUGGGAAGUGCACAUGUUAGCAUUAGACACUUUAGUAGACCUGAGCCAGGUCAGCCCUGUACCUCAGCCACCCACCCUGACUUGCAUGAUGGUGAAAAGGACAAUUUUGGUACAUCACAGACUCCAUUAGCUCACUCCACGUUUUACAGCAAGAGUUGUGUGGAUGACAAGCAGGCGGACUUUCACAGCAGCAAGGAGUUAUCUCCAAGCACAGAGGAGGGCAAAGAUCCUUCAUCAGAAAAGAGUCAGCUACAUUGAUCUGCGAUGCAUGGAGACUUUCAUUUCCACAUUUUCCCAUUUUUUUGUUUUUGUUUUUCUAGAAAUGGAGGUAAUCAAGUUUAUAGCAUGCCUGUCCUAAGUUACAGUAGUUUGCUAUUAUAUAUACUUUUGUUAUAUCAAAAGAAUUAGGUAAAUUAACAAGUCAUCAUGAGCCUGACCAAAACAAAAUUUGAAAUUAACCUAUUGGGUCUGGUACUUUUAAAAUUGUACAGAUGUUUGUGCCUUUUCUUUACUUUGCUUAUAUUCUUAUAAGCAUUUUUUAGCAGUAAUUUGUACAUAUUUUAGAAUUUGUGUAUCUGCUUUGUAAUAAAUGUAAUUUCUUUCCUUUUUUGGACACUUGGAUCUAAAUGAUGUAAAGCAAAACAGCAUCAAUAUAUAUGUGAGGUUGCACUAAAACAUAUUUUUAUAUGAUUAAAACUGAACAGCUUUUAUGUACAGCUCUGAUUCUGUAAUACUAAUAUUUAUUUACUUUGUUUCAUAAAUUGUACAUUUUUUCUUAAUGUUGUGGAUUGCUUUUCUAUGUGAAGCAUGGGAUUUACUGUUGCGUAACUAGAACAAAAAUGUACAUUGUAAACAAGAUAUUUAAAGUAGAGUAUCUUAUUCUGCACUUACGCAUUAGUUAAAAAAGAAGAUAAAGGAUGUAUCAGUCAGUUCUUAACUCUUGUAUAUUUUUUUGUCUCUUGUUUGCUGGAUUGACUAUAACUUAAGUGCUGAUUGUGAUUUUAAAAUGAUAGUACCGUAAAGCAUUAAAGUAAACAAUGUGCUAUUGUGAGUUUUUUCAAAGCUUUAUAAAUCAGUUAUAAAUAAUAUUAAAAGUAUUUGGUCUUAUGUGAACAUGUUGAUCUAUAUACUCAUCUAAAAAUAUGGGAAAACAUUCCACCCCAUGUAAAUAUGUACAAGUGCAUCACUGGUACAAUUUUAUGUAACUCGUUGGACACUAGGUUGCCACAGACCUAUGCUAGGUGUCUUUAAAAAAUCAAAGUGACAAAGCACAUGGGACUGUGUAGAGCUUGGUUAUCGGCCGGCCCGGUGGCUUGGCAGGCAGUGCUGUGCGCUGCUCACGGUGAAGACCUGGGCUUAGCAAUCUCCUUAGUUCUUGCUACACAGGAUGGCGACUGGAACUAAGGCUACACAGAGGGUCGCACUUGGACUCUGAGGGUUGGGUGUGGAAGGGGGAAAAGGGGUUGGAGACCUGCUCCCCAGCUCUUCCUGUCAGCCAGUUUACAUGGGAACAGGGUUAACAUCUGUGUUAGGGGAGGUCACCUUACCUUUUUGCACAGGGGAAGAGUGUCACACUCCUGGCUAUCUCAGGGGGAAUGGGGAAAAGAAUCUUUUAAGGGCAAAGAACUCAUGGGAGGAUGAUGUCUGUUGUAUGGAAUACUCACAAUGGCUUUUGGUUAGUGUUGAAGGUGGGAAGAGCCUUUGUAGGUCCAGAAGAGUGGAAGAGAGGGAGGGAUACAGCAACAUGUGCACAGGCACGCACAUGUGUGCACGCACACACACAAUCUGGGUUAUCUUUGUGCUAUAUAGUGGAUUAUAAUUCUGUGAAACCAAGUUUGUAUAUUGAAUUACAUUAAGGAGUGUUCUUUAAAAAGAGAAAUAAAUAUACAAUUACAUGCUU